AUGAAGGCAUCUUUGUUCAUGGUCGGCGCUAGCGCCAUUCUGGCUUCGGCCAGCCCCAUUGGAAACGUUCUCAACGAGCGUGCCAUGAAGACCGAAUGGGUCUACGAGGUUGUCACCGUCGUCGUCACUGAGGGCGCCGAGCCCAAGAAGGCUGCGCACACCGCCACAGUUUACGAAGCCCCCCAGGCUCCCAAGGUCACCCAGGACGCUGUCAAGGUCGUCAAGGAGAAGCCUGCUCCUGCUCCUGUCGUUAAGGAGGAGCCUCCUAAGCCCAAGGUCGUCACUGUCUGGGUCGACCCUACGCCUACCCCCAAGGUGGUCAAGGAGUACACCGAGAAGGUUGUCGAGAAGCCUGCCGAGAAGCCUGCCGCUCCCGCUCCCGUCUACGAGGCCCCUCAGCCCGUCGUCGAGAAGGCCAAGACUACCAUCCAGAAGGUCGUCAAGCCUACCCCCACCAGAGCCGAACCCAAGGUUACUGUUGAAGCUAGCAUCGACACCUCUAACCUUUCCCUCGAUGGUGCCUACGACACCGUCAUGCUUGCCUACCACAACAUCCAUCGCUCCAACCACUCUGCCCCGGCUCUUGAGUGGGACGAUGAGCUCGCCGGCUACGCCGAGAACACUGCCAAUGGUUGUGUCUUUGAGCACGACAUGGACCAAGGCAAUGGCGGUUACGGUCAGAACCUCGCUUCCUGGGGUGCUACCAGCGACAUUGAUGGACUCAAGAACAAGGCUGCUGCUGGUGGUAUUACCAACCAGUGGUACGACAGUGAGAUGUCCAACUGGGCUUUCUACGGCCAGGAGAACCCCCCCUCCGACAUGAACAUUGACCUCUACGGUCACUUCACCCAGGUUGUCUGGAAGGACUCCACCAAGGUCGGUUGUGCCACUGUCAAGUGCCCUGCGGGAACUGUCCUCAGCUUCCCGUCGUGGUACACCGUGUGCAACUACAACCCUCAGGGUAACUUUGGUGGUCGUUACGGCGACAACGUCCUCAAGCCCGAGGGUGCCAAGCGUGUUACUGUCUAG